CAAUAAUUUGGAUGUUUCCUAACUGCUGAGCAGUUUUUUCUCUGAACCCAUAGGGCUGUCAUAUCCAUGAGACCUUUUCCCUUGCUUUGAUUGAAAUUGGACAAAUGGUUGAGAGAUGAUGGAUGGGGCAGGGAAAUGGGACUGGCAGGCAGGCAGAGAGGAGGAUAGACAGAGAGGGAGCGGAUACGCCUCGUUUCCUUAGGAAAUUAGGAAAUUUCCUUAGGAAGUCACACUGUCCUGUCAUUUAUUAAUUUGACUUUUUUUGUAUAUGUCUUUGCUAGUUAUGGAAACAAAAGGAUACCACAGCUACCCAGAAGGCUUAGAUAUGGAGAGACGGUGGGGUCAAGUUUCUCAGUCUGUGGAGUAUUCUUCCAUAGGUGCUGGAGAGCAGGCUGAUGACAGUAACUACAUGGAGAUUGUAAACGUAAGCUGUGCCGCCAGCACUUUCGCCAACAGCAGUGCUCAAGGAAACAACAAAGAAAAACCUGAGCUACUCUCCUGCCUGCAGCAAGACAACGGUCAGCCUGGUCUUCUGCCCUCUGACAUCAAAACCGAGACGGAGUCGAAGGAGCUGUCAGCAACGGUGGCCGAAUCCAUGGGUUUAUAUAUGGAUUCGAUACGAGAUGCCGAUUACCACUACGAUCAGCAAAACCAGGGCAGCCCGGGAAAGAUCUACCAGAAUGUGGAGCAGCUGGUGAAGCUGUACAAGGAGAAUGGCCAUUGCUCCUCUCCCCUCCACAGUGCCAGCAGGCCCUUGAGGUCUUUGAUGUCUGACUCUGGGAGUGCUGUCAACGGUGGUGCCAUGCACACAAUUGUCAAAAGCCCCAUCAUGUGUCAAGAGAAGAGCCCUUCGGGCUGCAGCCCUCAGAACAUGGCCUCCUCAGUCUGUAGUCCUGCAGGAGUUAACUCCGUGUCCUCAACUACUGCUAACUUUGGGAACUUUGCCAUGCACAGCCCCAUCAGCCAGGGGACCCCCCUGUCACGCUCGCCCAAUGUUGAAAACAGGGGGUCAAUGUUGCACAGUCCCGCACACGCUAGCAACGUCGGUUCUCCGCUUUCUAGCCCUAUAAGUAGCAUGAAGUCACCAAUUUCUAGCCCUCCCAGUCACUGCAGCGUGAAAUCUCCUGUUUCCAGUCCGAAUAAUAUCACGAUGCGCUCUUCUGUGUCCAGUCCUGCGAACCUCAACUCCAGGAGCUCCAUUGCCAGCCCUUCCAAUGCCAACAAUAGGUCCACUCGUUCUAGUCCAGCGGUUAGCACUGUGGGGUCAUCCAUCUGUAGCCCCGUAAACAACUCCAUAGGUUUCCCAGCUUCCGGCACGCCGGCGGGACCUAGCAGAAGCCAAGAUACCGUUCCUAGUCCAGAAACAAAAGACAAGGGUGCUCAAGAACUCCCAUUUCCCAAGAUGGAGGAAAUGGAGAACGCCAUCUCCAACAACAGUCAGAUGAACCUCGUUCAGUUCAUAAAACCUGAGCCAGACGGGUCAUUCGGCAGCGCCUGCAUUGGCGACAGCAGCAGCAAAAUAAACUCUGAUUCCCCCUUUUCAGUACCAGUGAAGCAAGAGUCGGCGAAGCAUCCUUGUUCUGGUGCCUCUUUCAAAGGGAAUCAAACAGUAAAUCCUUUCCCAUUUACGGAUGGCUCGUAUUUUUCUUUUAUGGAUGACAAAGACUAUUACUCUCUUUCUGGGAUUUUAGGACCACCCGUUUCUUCGUUCGAUGGAAAUUGUGAAGGUAGCGGUUUUCCAAAUCCAGGCCUACGUGUGGGAAUUAAGCAGGAGCCUGAUGAUGGCAGCUAUUACCAAGAAAACAGUAUCCCAUCCUCUGCCAUUGUGGGUGUAAAUUCAGGUGGACAGUCAUUUCACUACAGGAUCGGUGCCCAGGGCACGAUAUCCUUGUCGCGGCCGGUCGCUCGGGAGCAGACAUUUCAGCACCUGAGCUCGUUCCCUGCUGUCAGCACGCUCGUGGAGACCUGGAAGUCACAUUCAGAGUUGGCAUCCAGAAGAAGUGAUGGGUAUCCAGUUCUAGAGUACAUUCCAGAAAACGUUUCCAGCUCUUCAUUGAGAAGUGUAUCAACUGGAUCUUCAAGACCUUCCAAAGUGUGUUUGGUGUGUGGAGAUGAGGCAUCUGGAUGUCAUUACGGGGUGGUUACAUGUGGCAGCUGUAAGGUUUUCUUCAAGAGAGCAGUAGAAG